AUGGAUGCAUUUGUAGGCAAUGGGUAUUUAUCUUUCAAUCCCCAUGGCCAGCCCAUCAGUGGUACAGGAUACGGCGAGGAGAUUCACUACGAAGACGCAGUUUGCUUUCCAGACUUGGCUUCCUUUCAGACCUUACCUUGGUGCAAGAAGACAGCACGGGUUAUCGUAGAGGGCGUCUAUGAAGGGAAAGUGUGUGAGGGGUACCCAAGGGUUGUUGCACGUCGUCAACUUGAACGCCUGGAGGAGAUGGGAUACUCACUCUUUUCUGCCCAUGAGUUUGAGUUCUACUUGGUCGAUAAGAAGACGCAAGGACCAAUCGAUAAUUCCACCAACGCAAAUGCCACAUCGCGCCUCUUUAAAAUUGAGGAUUUCACGCAAGACGUAUUGGAAGGAUUACCUCCGGCUGGUGUGGAUUUAGAGUUCAUCGGUAGCGAAUCGGCCACAGGACAGUUUGAGAUCGUUUACCGUCCAAGCUUUGGUAUUCGUGCUGCAGACAACGCCCACACAUACAAGAUUGGCAUCAAGGAAAUCGCACAAAAACAUGGAUACAUCGCAAGUUUCAUGUCGAAACCUUGGCCAGAUAAAAGUGGUUCAUCAGCGCAUUUUUGCCAUUCUCUUUGGGACGUCUCCGGAGAAACACCCCUACUCUACGAUCCGUCUCAACAAUUCCAACUCUCUAAGCUAGGCCAGUAUUGGGUAGCAGGUCUACAUGCUCACGCAUGUGCACUAGCAGUUCUUAUGGGUCCGACGGUGAACUGUCUCACACGUUACAAACCUUUCAGCUUUGCCCCAAGCAACGCAACGUGGGGGAUGGACAACCGAACGUGCGCCUUCCGCGUCAGGGUCCAAGGUGCCAAAGGGACCUAUAUCGAGAACAGAAUGGGAGCGAGUGCAUGCAACCCCUACAUCAGCCUAGCUGCAACAGUAGCAGCUGGAAUUGACGGUAUCGUCAGAAGGUUACCUCUACCUGAGCGGGUAGUUGGAGAUGCCUACAAGGACGAAGACGUCCCACCGCUGACACAAAAAUUACCAAACAGCAUGAUGGACGCGAUAGACUGCUUACUGGAUGAUGAGGUUAUUGUGUCUUCCCUUGGGCAAGAAUUCAUCAAGUGUUUUAUUGCGGGGAAGCGAAACGAGAUGGAGCUCGAGAGAGCGGCAGUUGAAAGGGGCGAACUGCAUAAAUGGGAGCAUGAUUAUUUUUUUGAAGUGAUGUAAUGGACAAUAAUUAGUACAAAAUUUUUGACCAAAAAUAUUUGUUGUAUCGUACCGUUAGUGGUAUUGAGUGUUCAAUUUUUUUUAUUUCCCUGCUCAAUGUCACGUAUUGAAGUACGGUG